CUUUUCUCCCGCCACAGGCAGAACUGCAUCCUGGCAGACGAGAUGGGGCUGGGGAAGACCAUCCAGUCGAUUGCCUUCCUGCAGGAGGUUUAUAACGUGGGCAUCCGGGGCCCGUUCCUGGUCAUUGCUCCCCUCUCCACCAUCACCAACUGGGAGCGCGAGUUCAACACGUGGACCGAGAUGAACAGCAUCGUCUACCAUGGCAGCCUGGCCUCCCGCCAGAUGAUCCAGCAGUACGAGAUGUACUGCAAAGACUCCCGGGGCCGGCUGAUCCCUGGUGCCUACAAGUUCGACGCGCUGAUCACCACUUUCGAGAUGAUCCUGUCGGACUGCCCCGAGCUGCGGGAGAUCGAGUGGCGCUGUGUCAUCAUCGACGAGGCCCACCGGCUCAAGAACCGCAACUGCAAGCUGCUGGACAGCCUCAAGCACAUGGACCUGGAGCACAAGGUGCUGCUGACAGGCACCCCGCUGCAGAACACGGUAGAGGAGCUGUUCAGCCUGCUGCACUUCCUGGAGCCCUCGCAGUUCCCCUCCGAGGCAGAGUUCCUAAAGGACUUUGGGGACCUCAAGACAGAGGAGCAG